GAGCGCUUCUUCGCUGUCCCCACUCUUCCUCGGAGAGCAGCCGGGGUGCACGGACCGACAGACUAACCGACUCCCUGCCGGGCCGCACUGCCUAGGGGGCGCGGACACCAGGUGUCCAGGACCAACCCAGCCCUCUCUACCCCGUCGUGCCCCGCCCCGUCCCGUCGGGGCCGAUGGCUCCUUCGGAGGCACGUAGUCCGGGGGGCGCAGGGUAGAGCUCCGCAGCCCGGCAACGUAGCCCGGGGACUCCUCGGGUCCUUCCGGAGCCCCGCGGAGUCCCCGCCGUCUGUCCGGCGGGAUAAGGGGGCGAGUGGGAGAGCCCUCCCCCACGCCGCCCCCUCCUCCGAGCGUCGAGACAAGAUGCUGCCCGGGCUCCGGCGCCUGCUGCAAGGUCCUGCCUCGGCCUGCCUCCUGCUGACAUUCCUGGCCUUCCCUCUGGUGACUCCCAGCUGCCCUAUGCUCUGCACCUGCUACUCAUCCCCGCCCACCGUGAGCUGCCAGGCCAACAACUUCUCCUCGGUGCCGCUGUCCCUGCCACCCAGCACACAGCGACUCUUCCUACAGAACAACCUCAUCCGCUCCCUGCGGCCAGGCACCUUCGGGCCCAGCCUGCUCACCCUGUGGCUCUUCUCCAACAACCUCUCCACCAUCUACCCUGGCACCUUCCGCCAUCUGCAGGCCCUAGAGGAACUGGACCUCGGUGACAACCGGCACCUUCGCUCCCUAGAGCCCGACACCUUCCAGGGCCUGGAGCGCCUGCAGUCGCUACACCUGUACCGCUGCCAGCUCAGCAGCCUGCCCGGCAACAUUUUCCGAGGCCUGGUCAGCCUACAGUACCUCUACCUCCAGGAGAACAGCCUGCUCCACCUACAGGCGCCCGCGGACUCGCGUGGCCCCGCGCUCUCGGCCGGGCUGCGCACCCCGCUGCUCUGCCUCUUGCUCCUGGCGCCCCAUCACCUCUGACUGCGGUGCUCAGACGGCAGAGGCCGCGGCCUUCGCCCCGCACCCCUUCUCUGCCCCACCGAGCUGCGGCUCCAUCCUCUUCGCCCCUUGUUUGCGGCCGGCCUUUGCGGCGCCUUCCCCAGGCCCCCUCGCUCCUUUUCUUCCCGGGGACCACGCUGUCUCAUUUGCCUUCUGGGCUGUUCAAUGGCAGCCCCUAAGACGGUGUUUAAGGUGGCUCGGCCCCUUUCGUCCUGAUUCUAGCCAUUAACUCUUUUUCCCCCCAAAUCCCAAGACUGGGGCGGGGCACCCCAGGCAGCCAUUGCUCCUCUCUCCAGGGCCCCACAGUGGACUGGAGGGGCUUUUGUCUACAGAGCACCUUCCACCAGCAGAGCCUUUGAAAGCUCCCCAGGGAGCCUCCCUUCCUCCCCCGGACCUUGGGAGGGUUGCCUCAGCAAGGCCCAGGCUGCUCCUGGACCAUGCUUGUCCUUCAGCCUCCUGACACCUGGAGGAAUAACUUUUCUCCUAAGUCUACCCAGAACACUUUUUAGGGUGCCCGGAGAGUUUCCUCUCCACCAUGGCCCCUGUGUGGUGAAGAUCAAAAGAAGUUGUUUGGGGGAAAAUUUAUUAAAAAGUUCUAUUAUUUUA